GAGCACGAAAAUUGAUUCGGAAAUUUGCAAAAGAUAUUCCACAGGAUGAAAGUCACAAAAGAAAACUUGUCCGACAUCAGGGAAGAGUACGAGAAGGCCCAUCGGCUUAUCGACGAAGAGAGUAAGAACGAUCCAGCGACGGAACCAUUUCGGUCGCAUUACGCUGCCCGAGAUGUUUUGCAUGGUGCACUGCGGAAAGUGAAAACAUUGGGCGAAGCAUUGGAACCACAAUCGGAUGCAGCAUCGAUAGUGCGCUGCAUACAAGCGAAUAUCAUCAAGGAUAUUGCCAAGAUAACCACCUUCGUCGAAGAACCGAAUGGAGCGAGCCUGCUAAAGGAAGCUCUAGAGCUGAUCGGCCAGGACAUGGGCAAGGAUGAGGCGAUUAAUGUGCACAUCGAAAUCCUUAACCAGCUAGGGAUAAUGGCAUGCAAUCAUUCAAAUUUUACCGAGUCGCUGGAAUUUCUCGAAGAAGCCAAGAACACAUACCUGUACGUGAAGGACGAGGACCGCAAACCGCUUACAAUAGCAGACUUAUUUGGUACCAAAGAGGAGGUGGAAAAGGGAAAAGGAUGCAGGCUGUUGGAAUCAAACCACACGCUUACGCUGUACUACUUGGCGCAGGUGUUUGGGUUUCUCGAGAAAUUGGAAGAUUCGGCACGGUAUUGCCACAUGACGCUCAAGCGCCAACUGGAAUACAACGACUACGAGCACGUCGAUUGGGCCCUGAAUGCGGCCACAUUGUCACAGUACUAUUUUCCCAUGAAUUAUCUCACCCAAGCACGGCAUCUACUGGCCGCAAGUACGUUCAUACUGAAUAAGUACGAGACGGACGUGGUUGAAAAAAUUACCAACCCGGACGAGCGAGCAGAGAAAGAGGAAACGCUGCGGUAUCGAAUGGCGGACAUUGGCAGAUGUUGGGGCAAGUAUGGCUUGCAUAUAUUGGUCACCUCGAAGGAGCGCCUCUGUACGAACGAUGACGACGAUGAUGAGGACUGCGCUGAUAAACCAAAGGAACCACCGCUGUCUCCGAUCAAAAAGAUCGACCGAUUUGUUGGCCUAGACUUGGCCGUGUACGAGAGUCAGGUGACCGAUGAAUUUUGUCUCACAUUCGACGACGCAAAGCUAGUCAUGUUGAAUUCCCUCUCGUGGCUCAAUAAAGCGAAGGAGUACUUUACGCAGGAAACGGAAGCGUCCCAAUAUGCGAAAAUUUUGCAAGAUAUUGCCUCACUCUACAGCUAUCUGGCGUUCUUUGAGGAGGACGAUGGAAAUCAAUGUAAGCUAUACAAACGAAGUGCAGAUCAGCUCGAGGAAAUUGUUGAGCUACUGAACGCAACAUAUUAUCAAACCAUAUGCAGGGAAGCUUGGUACCAACUGGGGUUAAUCUAUUCUAACAUGCUGAACGUAAAGCUUUCGCAGCUGGACGAAUUGCAGGCAAACGAUCGCCCAACGCCACAUGUACUGAACAAAAUUAACAAUCUGUGCGAGAAGAGCAUCCGUAACUUUAAAAAGUUCAUCGAAUCCUACAAAGUCCCGCUUGAUACGCUGGUGCUACCGGAGAAGAUGGAAGCGGACGAAAUGAAACCGAUUCUGUACGCAUUUUUCCACAUCGGUCGGCUGUACUAUCGCAUCAUUACGCCUGACAAGUUCGCAAAGUUGAGGAACACGACCGAGAGUCAUUUCUACCAUAGCCGAUUCGUUGCCUGCUGCCAGGAUGAACGUAUGCAGUCGCACUUUGUGGAGGAACAGAGCGUUUGCAAGGAAAUGAUAAGUCUGCUACCGCUAAAAAUUGAAAAGCUAAAGAGAGAAAUAGCGGAAGGUUAAAUUGCUUGAAUUGCUGAUUUAUGUGCACGUGUCCUUUAAGCAAAAUUAAUUUAUAUUAGUAGUAGUGCUUAGUGUGUUAACAAAGCUUGCUUAAAACAGUCAACUAAAUUAGCCCAAAAUAGCGAGUGUAACUAGAAGUUGCUUUAGAACAAUGCUAUAUGCUCUAAUAUCAAUAUUUCAUUCCGUUCCGAACCUGCGCGUAGCGUUGAAACCACGGUGGAAACCAAUUGAAUACAAUAAAAUCAAU